UUUUAACGUUUUUUAAGCCGUAUCGUGAAAGUAUAUAAGUAGUAAGAGGUAGCUGCAUGGUAAAGCAUUAUUCAGUAAUCGAGAAAAUGUCGGAAAAUAUGAGUGAUUUGUUGAAAAAGAUGGAUACGGAUGAGGAGCUGCAUCAGCAGGAAGACCAAAACUAUUUUGCAGAGCAGGAUAAGAAAUUUAAGGAGCUACAGGUGAAAUUAACGCGCUUGAAAGAGGAAAACAAAAAACAAAUGGACAUCAUUAUAAAUAGCCUGGAUCAAUUGAUAUUGAACAAGAGCGUUGUUGAUAAAGUACUUGAACAAGCGGGUAAUGGUUAUGAUUCUGUACCUAUAGUUCCUCCUGCUGAGGCAAAUAACUUAACUGUUGUGGAGCUUCUUUCUAAAGUCACUGGAUUUAUAAAUAAUAUGGAAGAUUUAAACACGUCAAAUAAGACUUUAUCCAAUGAACUUCAAGAAAAAGUAUUAACUGAAGGUACUGCACAAGAUUCAAAGAAAAAUAGCACAGACAAAGAAGAAAAGAAAGAUGAAAAAUCUGUACCACAAGAAAAAAGAAAAGAAAAUGUCAAAAGUAACCCUAAAAAAGAUUACGCAGAUGGCCAAAAGACUAGUGAUGCAGUGUAAUAUUGAUAAUAGAUCUAUUUGCAGCCAAUUUUAAAACUAUUUUAAGAAGAUUAAUUUAUUUUUUUUACAUUUUGUAUUCAAUUUUAAGCAUUACAAUUAAAUUUUUACACAUCAAUUAGUGCCUAGCAGUAACAGGUAAAUCCUAUGACAUUUGUAACUUAUUGUCCAAGUCCCAUUUUAACAAAAGUAGAUGUGGGUCUACAAUAUCCUAGAAAAAUAUUCGUUUUAGUUUGUAAGUCCAAACUUAAUAAUUUAUUUGAAAAAAAAAAAAUAAUAAUACCUUGAAGUAUGUUGUAUAUUGCAUACUGGUAGAUUGCACCUCUGAAAAGUUGGAUUGCUCCUCUUCAUGAAUAAUUUUAUUGUUCAAUUUAUUACUUAUAUCUUUCUCAGGCUGUUCCACUUCACUCACUCGAAAAGAUAGUCUUUCUCUGUAAUAAAAUUUAUGAACCAGUCAA